CUUGAAUUCAGUUUUUGAAUCUCUAGUUCAUACCCGCAGAGGAAGCGACGUCGUUUUGUACCGUCAUCAACGUCUUCAUCAGCGAUCAGUUACCAGCAGAUGGUGAAGGGACUGCAAGUAGGAGUGCAGAACCUACCAGCAGAUGUUAGUCAGGUGAUCGAUCAGCUGGAGCGUCACUGCUUGGCUCCCGAUGGAUCUUUGGUCUCCAAAUCCGCUUACUAUGAUCUCCAACUUGCUAGAGAGGAGAUGUCACGAGAGAGAUUGCGAUACUUGGAAGCAAUGGCCAUUUAUUGCGAAGCAAUUGCCAUGGUGGAAGAGUAUCAACAGGCUGUUUCCGUGGCUAACCAUGGAGGAGUUCGAGAUGUGCAGGGUCUAUAUCUGCAACUUGGCUUGAAGAAUUCUCCCCAGGUUUAUGAGACUCUAGAGCACCGGUUGGUUGUUGCAGAAGCUGCUCAGAGACUGAGGCUUCCUCUUAUAUCAAAAGAUGGUGAAAUUCAUGAGGAAGAAAUUGAAAAAUGGAGUAUAAUGUCACGAAGCUCUCUUGAUAGCACAAGUACCAAUGUUACAAUCAGUUCAAGCUCAAACUCUGUAAAUUAUACAAAUAGUUCUGCUAAUAGCACUGUGGGUGGAACGAGCAUUAGUUCUAAUGAUGGGGAACCCAGUGUAGGUGGUGUUCCUAAUCGCUUUCUUGGAAUAACACCUUCUUAUCUAUGGCAAGCUCAGCUCCAACAAUCACCUUUAUCCAUGGAUAUGACCAACUACCAGAUGUCUCUUUCCAGUGAGAUUGAAGCUCGAAUGAAAGCCAAGUGUGAUAAGCUAGCUGAUUGUAUUAUUGAUGAUAUUGACUCAUCAUCUGGAAAUCAAAACUCAAGUGCUCGUCUUCCAGAAAGGGUCAAGUUGAUUAUUGAGGAGAUUGAGAGGGAAGAAGCAACUCUGAGGGAGGACCUAUACUCUGCAGAUAGGAAGUUUGCAGAAUAUUACAAUGUCCUAGAACAAAUACUUGGAGUGCUUAUUAAGCUUGUCAAGGAUUUGAAGUUGCAACAUCAACAUAAAUAUGAUGAACUACAUAAAACUUGGCUGUGCAAAAGGUGCGAGACCAUGAGCGCAAAACUAAGGGUUUUGGAACAUGUUCUUCUUCUUGAAACUUACACUAAAGAGUCAGUACCAGCCCUACAUAAAAUAAGGAAGUAUCUUGUUGAGGCUACAGAGGAAGCUUCUAUUGCUUAUAACAAAGCGGUUACCCGCCUUCGUGAAUACCAAGGUGUUGAUCCCCACUUUGACACAAUUGCAAGGCAGUACCACGACAUUGUACAGAAACUGGAAAAUAUGGAAUGGACAAUUCAUCAAGUUAAAAUGGAUCUCGAACGCAUGCCAGAUCAUCCAAGCACAUAAAUUUUGGUUCGGGUUAG